AUGGGCCCCAGAGCAGGCGCCCUGGUGAGCCGGGGCCUCGUCCUCUGCAUGUGGCUCACUACUCACUGCACUGGUCCCCACGCUGAGGGCUUCUCCCAGGAAGGGCAGGCUGCCAGCAGGGCCAACCUGUGGGCCAGUGCCAACACCUCCCUCCUACAAGGCUUCCGGUGCCAGGCAGCCAGCCAGCUGUCCCGGGACCAGCUUUCAGCUCUGAUCAGGAGGAUGGCAUCGCAGCAGGUGCUCCUCAAAGCCUGGCAGCUCAGCUGCCUGGCCAACCUGGCCGCCCUGCAUGGCCUCCAGAGUGACUUUCCGCUGCACCCACCUGACCUGUUGCUCUUCUACAACCUGGGGCAAGUAAGGGAAGCCGACUGUCAGGCCUUCACCCGCCGUGCCGCCCAGGGGGACACUGAGCUGCUGGCCAACCUGCCUGACCAGAGGGCCGCCCUGCAGCACUCCGCCUUGGCCUGCCUGGGGGUGUCCCACCCACCACGGCUCAGCGCCUCAGAUCUGCUGCUCCUCGGGGUCCUGGUGUGCGACAUGGAGGCAUCCAGCAUCGUGGCCUCGGACCCCCACGUGCUGCAGAACCUGCAGUGCUGCCCCCGGCUGACCCCUGCCCAGCAGGCUGCUCUCAACACACUACUGACCAGUGGGAGGACCGUGCUUGGGCCCCCUAUCUCCUGGAACCUGGAGGGGCUGCAGGCUCUGGGACCGCUGGCCACUUACAUCAGCUCCAGCCUGUGGAUGCAGGUGCAGGAGGCCGUGGGCCUGGGCUUCUUUGGCAGCAUGGUGGCUGCAUGUCGGGCAGGGCGGCUCAGCCAGCGUGACACCAGGCGCUUUGUCACCAGCUUCCUUGAGGCCAAGGCCAAGGCCAAGUUGAUGUCCUCACGACCCAAGCGGGGCACAGGGCGACCCUGCAUCCAAGGCAACAUCACGGCGGCCACACUGCAGGAUGACCUCUUCCUGGUGCACUACGACUGCUCACAGCUCGAGUCUUGCCUGGGCAGCCGCGUGCUCAGGGCCAACCUGGACCCCUUGCUGCAGCACCCACUACCUGCUGAGUGUCAGCGUGUCGUCAAGGCCAAGUUGGCUCGGAUCUACCCAAGUGGCAUCCCAGAGGAGCAGCUUCAGCUCAUCACCUCGCUGGUCUACCUGUACUCUGUCGUGGAGAUCAGCCAGUGGAACAUCACAUCUAGGGACACCGUCAUGGCCCUGCUGGCCUCGGACGUGGCCCUGGAGAACCAGACGGAGGCCAUCCUGCAGAAGUUCCUGGACCACAAAGGCAACAUCACUAGCGCCCUGCUUGUGGCCAUUGGGGGCUCCCGCCUCUGCUGGAUGAGCCCCCAGCAGAUCCAGGCCAUCCGGCCCUCGGAGUUCCGGCUGGCCGGGGCCCUGGAUACCUCCUCCUGCCCUCAGAGCCGGAAGAACGAGCUCUUCUUCAAGGCCCGAGAGGCCUUCAGCAGCACCAGGAUCACAGAUGCCUACUACGACUUCAUCCGCCCCUUCCUCGGCGGUGCCCCCACAGAGGAGCUGCAGCGCCUGGCCCGGGCCAACAUCUCCAUGGACAUCCACACCUUCACCAACCUGAACCCCCGCGUGCUGCAGAACCUAAGUGUUGACAAUGUGAGAACACUGCUGGGCCAGAACGUGGGGGACCUGCAGAAGGCACGCAGCCACCCAGCCAUCAGCUCCUGGCUCCGCAGCCUGAACAAGUCGGCCCUGGGCGAGCUGGGCCUGGACAGGGACCCCGCCAGCCCCACCAGCCCCACCAGGACUCACAACACCCCCUGGACAUCCCAUCUGACUUCCACAUGGGAAGGGCCUGGGAAGGACGCCCCCACCUCAGGCAGCCCACCAGCCCACCUGGGGCACCUGCCACUUGCUGUGGCCCUGCCCUCCAGCCUCCUGUGGCUGCUGUAUUGGGGUGCCCUGGGGCCUGUUGGGACUCACAAUGUCCUCUGA